CCUUGCGAAUAAUUUCUUUGUUCUGAUCACGGCCAACAAAAAACCGACAGGUGAAAAGGACUCAAAGGCAAUCUACCACAGGACGGCUGGUAUACGAACAGCUCCAGUAAAUUCCGACAAUGCGAUGUCUACCUGUACCCAGCACUAUCGAGAAUCAACUCGAUCAUGUUGGGAUAAAUACUCGAGAGAUCCCUUUUUCUACAGAGUACGUCGAGGCACUCGAAUAUUCUAAAGCAAGCAUCAAACAGCAUCAUCAGCUAUUCACUCUCGAUAACCUAUUGACCAUUCACUUUUGGAAACCCGAAAGACUUUAACGCAACGUCAUCAAGAUGCCCUGUCCCCAAGACUCCGACCGCAAGCAUUCUUCCUCGUCACGGCCCUCUCACUCUUCUCGGUCGAAAUCGACAAGAGAUCAUAGGGAUGAUAGAGAUCGAGACGGAGAACGAGACAGAGAGCGAGAGAGAGACAGACACAUAGACAGAGAAAGCGACAAAGACAGAGACAGAGACCGCCAUCAACGCCACCGCGACCAUUUCCCAGACCCCGACCCCCCUUCUUGCCUCCAAGGCGAAACCUCUCGUCCCAACCCCCUUUACCACAAGGCAUUCCUUGACAAGGACAACAACCACCUCGUCUUGUCCCACGUUCAGUACCUCUACGAACCCUCAAAAUACCCCGACCUAAUCCGUUACGACUCCAGCCGGCCCCUGUCUAACCUCCUCCUCCGCCUCUGGGGGACCCCCUUUCUCGUCCUGGCCGACCUCCUCCAAUACCCCCCGCCCAGUUCCUCCACCAUCUGCCCCCGGUCGGACUGGCUGCGCGCCCAAGCCUGGUUUUUGGAUGACGACAGAAACCCCCGCAAGCACCCGGUCUUUAAGUACCAGUUCUUGACGAUGGAGAGCCUGAGCACCCUGCACGAGGACUUCAUGGUUAUGUUUUCCAGAGAUAUCCCGCCGUGGAUUAUGAGGAAGAUGGAUAACUGGCGGCCGUAUUGCGAGCUUGGGGGCCAUAAUCAGCUGAAUCAUUAUUUGCUGGGUUGGUGCUGGUUUUGGUUGCAGAUGGAGGUGAGUCAGAGGGUGGAUCGGGUGAGGGCGUUUUUGUUGGAGGAGGAUUAUGAUAGGUUGAGGGCGAAGGAUGGGAGGGAUCGGGAGCGGGAGCGGGUUCGAAGGGAGAUGGAGGAGGAGGAGGAUGAUGAGAAUCCGUUCAAAAGGUUCGGGGUGAAAAAGGAGGAGGCGGUCAGGGAAGCCAGGGAUUUUGUUGAGCGCAUGUCUGGUAUUGGGGCACUGUGGUUUCCGGACUCGGAAAAGAAGGGGAAGUUUGAGAAGUACUUCGGGGAUGCGAUACCCUCCAAGCGUAAGCUGUCCGGGGAGGGGAAUACCAGAGAAUACUGUGUUGCUUGCAACUUGUCAGUUGUGGCGGGCAGCGGGGAGGAGGUGUUGGCGGCGUUGUUGGCGAACAUGAUUGCGAGGGCGCCGUGCAAGAACGACAAAGAUGUGGCGGAAGAGGACGGGGGGUUGCCGAGGUUAUAUCCACUGGUUGACACGUGGAUUGAGAACCUGGGUGAGGAGAGGGCAAAGGUGGUCAAGGAAAAGGCGAAGAAGUUGGCCUUGACGCUUUUUACCAUUCGGAAAUAUUUGAGGUGGAAGAAAACGCCUCAAGGGCGCGACAAAUGGUUGUAUACGGAUCUCGGAACUGAUCCGUAUCAUCCUUAUGACAUGAACUUGACGCCGAGCCCGUCUAUAAGGAUGAUGAAGGCUGAGAGGGCUGUGAAGAGGGAGUGGGAGUGUUUUUGUAAGGGUGAAGACCCCCUUGACGAGGAGAAGGAUACUUUGCCUGUGAAGGAGGAGACUGGCAGGUCGCGGUAUCUGGAGCCAGUCCCUGAGGAAAGAAACUCCUCCACUUCACCCUCCCGUCAUCUACCUCCUUCUUCAUCCUCACGUCACCCUCCCUCCUCCUCCUCUUCUUCUUCCCACCGUUCUUCAUCCUCCCUUCACCCUCCCCAAUUAUCUUCCCCCUCCCCCUCCUCUCGCCGCCCUCCCACUUCUUCUUCACCGUAUUCCUCCCGAAACAGAGACCGAGAAUCCUACUCAUCCAAACACACCGUCCCCCUCUCCUUUUACAACCUCUCCAACAGCCAAGUCUCACCCGCACCCGCACCCAGCCGCGUAUCCCGUACAUACGGUACAUAUGGGUCCCCCAGGUACGAGAUCACUGCCGUCCCAGUCCCAGUCCAAGGCACAGUCACAGUCCCAGGCACAGGCACCGCUCUCGUCCGAACCCGUGAUUACCCCUCAGAAGAAUGGGAUAACUCCGACUCGGACAGUGAGUCGUUCGAUGGCGAAUUUGACGACGACGCUACCACGCUUACUUGCAAUAGCUUUACCACUGUCACUGGCACUGGCAGUGAUCGGAGAGUAACUAACUUGAGCAACGAAAACGACCAAGACAACGAGAUCGAGAUCAUGUCCGUCGCGACGUGGAGUCACUUGAGUGCUGUGCCUGAGGCUUUGAAUUUGAGAGGUCUCGGAGGUGGAGGAGGUAAAUCUAAAAGAGAAGAAGCGGAGGCUCAGACCCAGAGGGAGCGGGAGCGGUAUCGUAAGGAGCGUGAGAGGUACAGGCAUGAAGGAGAGGAGAGUCUGGUGAGCAGUACCAGUCAUGGCUCCUCACACCCAUCUUCACAGCAACAACAACAUUCCCGUUCGUCUUCUACAGAUACUAGGGACUGGGCGAAGAACGGUGGUGAUCGUGAUCGUGAUCGUGAUCAUCGUGACCGCGAGCGUUACCGUCACGAAGGAGGCGACCGUCAUGGCGAUAAUCACCACCGUCAUGGUACCUCAUCAUCAUCUUCUUCAUCUUCCUCCUCCUCUCGUAGACAUAGAAGAGCAGACGAUGAUGCAGAGCUAACACGAACUGCUCUGAAACUACUGAGUAUCAAGGACCAUCUGCAUCUGGCGAGAAAGAGACAUUAAGGCGGAAGUGGUGGAGGAGGUGGAGGAAGAGAAGAAGAGGAGAGGAGAGGGAGUGGUACGUCUAGUUCUAGGAGGGACAAGGAAAGAUGAUCGGCGCCGGCGGUAAAGAGUUUCUUUCGUCUUUCAUCGUUUCUUUUGUCUUUAAUCCCGCGUACAGAUGUGGAUGGAAUUAGGGGGAUUUUGGGUAGGUAUUUUCAAUGUCAUCCAUCUGUUUGCAAGUUGUAUGAGUACAGAGGUCCCUGUUUCUUAGUAACUAUAUCAUUUGACAAUCCCAA